AUGCAGUUCACCUCUCUUGCCGUUACCGCCCUGUUAGGCGUUGCUCAAGCCGUCGAUGUCCACGUAGUAAAUGUCGGAAAGGACCCCAUGACCAAUAAGACUGGCCAAAAAUACUGGCCCGAGAAGGUCGAGGCCAAGGUGGGCGACAUGGUCCAGUUCCAGUUCUGGGCCGGCAACCACACGGCGACGCAAUCCACCUUUGACGGCGCCUGCGCCCCCGUGUCGAGCAGCAACGCGAGCGCCGCGGGCGUCUUCUCCGGUUUCCAGCCCGCCGCCGCCAGCGAGGCCCAGGGCCAGAUCCCCGUCUUCACCGUUAUGAUCAACGACACCAUGCCCAAGUGGUUCUACUGCGCCCAGGCCAAGCAUUGCCAAAGCGGCAUGGUCAUGGUCAUCAACGAGAACCCGUCGGCAAAUGCGACCCGCACCCUAGAAAACUACAAGCAGCUGGCUUCCAAGGCCCAGGGCAGUACAAGCACCACGGGCCCCAACGGCGGCACCGGCACCUCGGGCGGCACCUCGAGCACCACGAACCCGCCCUCGGCCAACGUCUCCGCCGCCAACUCCAACUUUGUCGCCGUGCCGGCCGCCAUGCUGCUCGUCCUCGGCUCCGCCUUCAUGCUUUUGUAA